AUGUCUGUGAUGCAAGAUAGGGAGUCAUAUGUGCCUAGAAUGGGGCGAAAGAGUAAAAGAUUAGUGAUCUUACAAUAUAGUAUAAUAGCCAUGAAGAGUAACAAGUGGCAAGACAAGCCUAAGUCUAUGGUGCAAAUUGAGGACUCGUUCAAUGAUGAUGGCAUCAAAAAUGAUAGUAGUCCACCUAUGAAGGGUAAUAAGUGGCAAGACAAGCCUAAGUCUAUGGUACAAACUGAGGACUCGUCCAAUGAUAAUGGCAUCAAAGACAAUAGUAGUCUGCCUAUGUUCAUGAUACAAGAUAGAAAGUUGUAUAUGCCUAGGAUGGGACAAAUGAGAAAAAGAUUAGUAAUCUUACAAUAUAGUGUAAUAGCCAUGAAGGCAAGACAAGCCUAA